UGGUCGAGGUGGUGGACUCAAAAACCGCCAAGAAAACCGGAGUUUUCUUGGCGGGUUUGAUUAGAUCCGCCAUCUGCAAGAUCGGUGAUAGCUCGGUUGUCCAGGUUGUCAUGGACAACGCGAGCAAUAACCGAAGGGCGGCGCUGGAGUUGGCGGAUGGUUUUCCCCGGCGGCGUACCUUACACGAGGAGGCGGAGGGAGAGGAGGAGGAGGAGGAGGAGGCUGAGUGUGCUAUUGAUGAGGUCGGAGCUGCAGAAUCCAGCAAGGGGGCAAAAGGGGGAGGCCCUUGGGAUGUGAACCAGUGUGAGGAUGAGGAGGAGGAGGAGGAGGAGGAUGAGGAGAAUGAGGAGGAGGAGGAGGAGGACGACGAGGAGGAUGAGGAGGAGGAGGAUGAGGAGAAUGAGGGGGAGGAGGAGAAGGCGUAGAGUAGGAGUAGGAUGAGGAGAAUGAGGA